AGCUGUCGGACAGCGUGCAGAGCGGUGCGCAGCACGCGAUUAAAAUUAGUUCAUUAGUUCGAAAAUUCAAUAACUGACAAUGCGAGGCUUAUCAGCAUUUGUAGUACUUUUACUCUGCCUUCAACGGGUGAAGACAAAUGAGACACCAGCAGCAACAUCUUCUACAGCGGGGCGUCCCAAUAUAAUCAUUAUAAUGGCCGAUGAUAUGGGCUUCGAUGAUGUCAGCUUUCGCGGUGGACGGGAGUUUCUGACACCCAAUAUCGAUGCAUUGGCUUACCAUGGACGGAUUCUGGACCGCCUGUAUGUGCCACCCAUGUGUACACCAUCUCGUGGAGCUCUCCUCAGCGGCCGCUAUCCAAUACACACAGGCACUCAGCACUUUGUAAUUAGCAAUCAGGAGCCAUGGAGUCUGACUCUGAAUGCAACUUUGAUGCCGGAGAUCUUUCAGCAGGCCGGCUACUCCACCAAUCUGAUAGGCAAAUGGCAUUUGGGCUUCUCCCGACCGGAGUAUACGCCCACACACCGGGGAUUUGACUAUCACUAUGGCUACUGGGGCGCCUACAUAGACUACUAUCAGCGGCGCUCGAAGAUGCCUGCAGGCAAUUACAGUCUCGGCUAUGACUUUCGUCGGAAUAUGGAGCUGGAGUGCAGGGAUCGCGGUGUCUAUGUCACAGACUUGCUCACCAACGAGGCGGAGCGUGUGAUAAGGGAGCGGGAGGGGCAGGAGCGCCCUCUGUUCCUGCUACUCAGCCAUCUGGCCACACACACCGCAAAUCAAGAUGAUCCCUUGCAGGCCCCUGAGGAGGAGAUUCGAAAGUUUGCAUAUAUUAAGGAUCCAAACAGAAGGAAGUAUGCAGCCAUGGUCUCCAAGCUGGACCAGAGUGUGGGGCGCAUUGUCAGCGCAUUGAACAGCACGGGUCAGCUGGAGAACAGCAUUGUGAUCUUCUACUCCGACAAUGGCGCUCCAUCGGUGGGAAUGUUUGCCAAUACCGGCUCCAACUGGCCGCUCCGGGGCCAAAAGAACACUCCCUGGGAGGGAGGAGUUCGCGUUACCGGUGCCAUUUGGAGUGCACAGCUUCAGGGACGCGGCAAUGCGUUCACCCAGCCAAUUUAUGUGGCGGAUUGGCUACCCUCGCUGGCUCAUGCCGCGGGCAUCGAGCUGCCGCACACCCUCGAACUGGAUGGCAUAGACUUGUGGCCGCAGUUGGCUGGCCCUGCGGAUGCACCGCAUGUGCCGCGUGAAAUCCUGCACAUGCUGGACGACGAGUGGCGGGUCACUUCGUUCCUGCUGGGACACUGGAAGUAUAUCAAUGGCACCACUUCGGCGGGGCAGUACGAUCAAGUGCUCACGUACCGUGAGCUGGAUGACCUGGAUCCUCGGGAGAGUCGCUAUGUGGUGGAGGUACGCAAUUCGCCCACUUCGCGCGUUUUGUCACGCCACGACAUUCGACGCAUGACGCAGCAGCGGGUGAUGUCCUUACGGCGGUCAGCUGCCGUUCGCUGUGGAGAUCUUCAACGUGGCUGCAAUCCCUUGGUAGAGGAGUGUUUGUUCGAUAUCUCGACCGAUGCGUGUGAAGCAAACAAUUUGGCGUAUUCCGAGAGGCACUCUGAAGUUUUGUCGGCGUUGCGGCAACGCGUCAAACUACUACGCGAAGGAGCCUCGGCGACAGGAAAUCGGAAGGGCAUUAGGAAUGCUGAUCCAGCGUUGCACAAGUGCGCUUGGGAGGCAUUUGACGUGGAGAUACCUGCAUUGGCGCCCAUGGAAUGCGAUUAUCAGGGCAGCCCCUGUGAAUAACCGUUACCCGCUGUCUGCGUGAUUGCGAUACUAUCGGCUAAACCCAGUCUGCCAACACUGGCUCACAAGAAUUUUUAAAUACAUUAUUAAAAGAUUAAUAACUUUAAGGAAAACAUUCAUUGAAACAUACUCGUUAAUAUUCUAAAUUAUACGUAGUUAACAUAAUAUUGUACAAACGCU